CAGUUUGAUCCUCCUCUCUUUCUUUUCUUCACUUACCAGUCCAACAGAAACUUCAUAGCCAGAGCCAAAAAUGUAUUACUGGAUUCAAGCUUCUCCCUCUGACUUCUCCGGUACCUUGCCUCAACCUCGCAGUGGUCACACCGCUGUUAUUGUCGGAAAAUCGAAGCUGGUUGUGUUUGGUGGACUUGUCGACAAGAAGUUUCUCUCCGACAUCACAGUUUAUGAUCUGGAGAAUAAAUUAUGGUUUAAGCCAGAGUGUAGUGGAAGCGGGUCUGAUGAUGGACAAGUGGGACCUAGUGCUAGAGCAUUUCAUGUUGCUGUUUCUAUUGAUUGCAAUAUGUUCAUUUUCGGUGGCCGGUUCAGUAAUAAAAGGUUGGGUGAUUUUUGGGUUCUUGAUACGGAGAUAUGGCAAUGGUCAGAGUUGACCAGUUUGGGUGACUUGCCUUCACCGAGGGAUUUUGCUGCAGCUUCGUCUAUUGGAAACCGGAAGAUUGUCAUGCAUGGUGGCUGGGAUGGCAAGAAGUGGUUGUCAGAUAUCUAUGUCCUGGACACAAUGUCACUUGAGUGGACGGAGCUGGCAAUUACAGGAACAUUGCCUCCACCUAGAUGUGGCCAUACAGCUACCAUGGUUGAGAAACGAUUGCUUGUCUAUGGUGGAAGAGGUGGUGGCGGACCAAUCAUGGGGGAUUUAUGGGCUCUGAAGGGUCUUAUCGAGGAAGAGAAUGAAACACCAGGGUGGACACAGCUGAAGCUUCCCGGUCAAGCACCGUCUCCUCGUUGUGGUCAUACUGUAACUUCUGGAGGGCACUAUCUCUUGCUGUUUGGAGGGCAUGGUACUGGUGGUUGGUUGAGUCGUUAUGACAUUUAUUACAACGACUGCAUUGUUUUAGACAGGGUGUCUGCACAGUGGAGGCGCUUACCUACUAGUGGCGAUCCUCCUCCUGCUCGGGCAUACCACUCUAUGACAUGUGUUGGUUCACGAUAUCUGUUAUUUGGAGGCUUUGAUGGGAAGUCAACUUAUGGAGAUUUAUGGUGGUUGGUUCCAGAAGGGGACCCAAUUGCAAAACGAUCUCCACUAGAAGCUCUUCCACAAAAUAAGGAUGAUAGUGUCCAUUCACGCAAGGAAAGCCAAAGCGAAGGAUCUGCUAUAUUAGAAUUACAAAAGAGACUAGAAAUUUCAGCUUCAGUCUCUAGUUCUGGGCUUCAAAUUGUAGAUGAGCUGGAAGACAGAGAAUUUCUUGAACUUGCCUCAGGGCUGAUUGGAGAUGAAGUUUCCAAUAAUGGACAGAAGGAAAUUCAGGCAGUCCGUGACCACUGGAGGAAGUCUGCACCAAGUUCAGUAAAACUCAAGGAGCUAGGGCCCUUGCUUCGUGAUUACCAACGCCUGAUUACUCGCCAUUACUUAGCAAAUGGUGGUGCUGAUUUAACCCCCGUGGAAUCUCGUUUUCUUGGGAAAGACUCUCAUCGGUUUUAUCACAUUAAAAGUGCUUCUAAGUUGCGUAUGGAUGAUAUCCCAAAGUUGCUGGAAGAGUACAAACAUCUUUCAUCUGAUUGAAAAACAAUUCGGGAAUGCCCUUUGUGUCAAAAUCGUUGUAGGAGUUUGUAUCGCAUGGUAACUUUUUCAAACUUUUUGGGUGAACGAAAGCAGAUGAUAUGUAAACCAGUAGGUCAAUAACUCUCUGUCUCAUAAUUUUAUCUCUCUUUUUUAUUACUUUUUUAAAUUAUUUUUCUUUGGAAUGUGACUGUUUGAAACA